AUGAAUGAGUUAGAGAGAAUAUGGGCAUCAGAAGAUUAUAAGGCCAAGCGCGAGAUUGCUAAAGCCAAUCGAGCCUCAACCACAGGAGGCACUCAACACAAAGGUGGGAGUAUUCCUAAUACUGAGCAUAAGAGGGGGCUGGCUCUAGAGUUAGGAAGAAACCCUACUGUGUUUGAACUAUUCAAGAGGAUGCAUUUAAAUGAUAAAACUAGAAAAUUUGUAGAUCAGCAAGUGGAAUUAGCUCAUGAUGAGUUCAUAAGGAGAAAGGCAGAAUUAAGUUUUGAAAGAGGCUCUCCAAGUGUGCAAUCUAAUCAGGAAGAAUUUAAUAUAUGGUUAGAGAUUAUAGGUGGCAUAAACAAGAAGGGCCGCAUCUAUGGAUUUGGAUAUGAGGCAAAUGAUGAUAUUUGUGCUCCUCAGGGAUCUUCUCCUUCCAUUAACAGCACUAGCAUCAAUCCUAAUGUUGAAAUUGAAUUACAUACGAGGAUAACAGAGCUUACACAGGAGAAUCAACAAAUUAAACAAGACUAUGAAGAGAUGAAAGAAAAUUACAGCAAAAUCAAGUCUACAUUGGAGGGAAUGGGAAUUAGAUUAUCAGAGCCAUCUAGCAGCAAUAUAAAUUUAGAAAAUGACAGUUGA